AUGAAGAGCCACGACAUGUCGGCGGCUCAGGAGUACGGCGGAAUGCAGGUGAAGUCCUACGGUAUUUCAUCUGAAGAAGAGGAUGCAAACGAUAUCCCCACGGAUGAGUUGACAAACAGGGGCCCGUUCUCGUCUUUGCAACAGCGGCGCUGGAGAAGAAAUCGCGGUUCGACCCUACAUGACCCGUGGCAGGAGGCGCAUCUGCAUCGGGAGCGCCAGCGUUUGAAGAAUUUAAAAAAAACGGUGUCCGUAUUGGGACUGCUGGCAGGCGUGACGCUCGGCAGUUGGUUCGUGCUUCGCUAUUUCACGCCCAAGUCGAAGCGGCCCCAACGUGUCGACAUCGGCUUCGAAGGUGCCGGGAUGUACCCCAGCAUCAUCCCAGCCGAUAUGGAAGAAGACGAGUUCGGCGACUACUUUUUUGAACCGGCGGACCGGGCAACAUUCGACUCUCUCGUUGGAGACCAGCCCUCUUCUCCCGCUCCACUGCGUCGAGCAUUCAGCGAACCUGCGGACAUCGAUGCAUUCAUGAAUAAGGUAUACGGGCCGCUGCCUGAGAACGUCAAAGCAUCUGUCGCUCAAGCUGCCGCAAGAGUGGGCGCUGGUGGACUCAGUGGCCUCUUCAGUAGUGAGUUCAGCUCGGUUGCGGAAGGCUCGCAAGGGGGUGACUCCGGCAAUGCCAGUAGCUAG